CUGCAGAGCUCUGGAGUCUGGAGGUCUAGCUCUUUACUGAACAUGUUGUCCAUAGCUCAAACGCUGAAAAUAGCAAGAGGUAGUACUUUACUGGAGGUCUAGCUCUUUACUGAACAUGUUGUCCAUAGCUCAAACGCUGAAAACAGCAAGGGGUAGUACAUUACUAUCAAUUUUCAGUAAACUGAUUACUGAAAGCAUCUCGAGGUGCCUCUGCUCAUAUUUUUUUCGUUUGACUUACUCUCCUACAUUCAGAUCGGUCUAGCUUAACUCAUCACGCCUCUACUAUUAAACAUUGCAAGACCUUCAGAAUGCUCCAUCCAUCUCCAGAAUCACAUCCUACCUUCAGAAUGACAGACAACUGCAACACUUUCUCCACCAUUGUCGCGGAGGCCGUGAGCGGGUCACAUGUGAUCAAGAUAGCUGGGUACUCAAGAAUCAAGGUGUUACUCCGCAACGGUGAGUCCCUGACAUCCAUCCCUUUCAGCGUUGCAGGCCACAGCUGGACCAUCAGAUUCUACCCCAACGGUGAUUCCGCGGAGAGCCAAGAUUACCUAUCGUUCUAUCUGAUCCUUGACUCCGCCAAUUCCUACGACGUGAAGGUGAUUUUCAGCUUCGAGUUGCUUGGCAAGAAUGGGAGAUCAGUGUCGUCUUACAGCUUCACUACAGAUCUCCGCACCUUCUCCUACAAAGGCUCAUUGUGGGGAUACAACAAGUUCAUUCACCAAACGGUAUUGGAAGAAUCGUCAGCCCAUUUAAGAGACGAUUCGUUUUCCAUCAGGUGUGACAUCAAAGUGUUCAAGGAGAUCUACAGCCAAGAAACCAAGGGUGUUCAUAGCAAGUUUGUGGAGGUUCCUCCAAGCAACCUGCAUCAACAUCUAGGCAACCUCCUAGACAGCAUGGAUGGAUCAGACGUGGUCUUCGAGGUCGGCGAGGAGAGAUUCUCUGCUCAUAGGUGCGUUCUUGCUGCUCGGUCAUCGGUCUUCAAGGCCGAGCUUCUUGGCACCAUGAAGGAGAAAGCCGAUGGAGCCAUUCAAGUCGAUGAUAUGGAGCCUGGAGUGUUUAAGUCUUUGCUGCAUUUCAUUUACACCGAUUCCCUGGACACGAUGGCUCAAGAAGAUCAGAGCAGAGACGAAGCAAGCGAGGAGGAGGAUUUGGUGAUGGCUCAGCAUCUACUUGUCGCAGCGGACCGGUACAACGUCGAGAGACUGAAGCUGAUAUGCGAGGAGAAGCUAUGCGAGAGCAUUGACUCCAGCAUGGUGGCAACCAGUUUGGCGUUAGCUGAGCAGCACAAUUGCAAUGGGCUCAAGGAAGCUUGCUUUGAGUUCCUUGCAUCUCCUUCCAACCUACUGGAGAUGAUGGCAAGCGAUGGUUAUGACCAUCUUAAAACCAGCUGCCCUGCUGUUCUCAAGGAGCUCACUACAAGAUUUCUGCCUCCGGAAACGAAAGCAUCAGAAGAGAUAACCAUUGGUCUAUAUAAUUAGUUCUUCAAGUAUGCUUAUUUUGAUUGUGAUAAUCGAAAAGAAAGUUUUUUUUA